AUGUCUGCUUUUAUUACUGUUGGAUCAACUGGAUUCGAUGAUCUGAUUAAUGAAACAACUUCUACUGCAUUCUUAACUUCAUUAAGUUCUAUUGGUAUAAAAAGAGUAUGCUUUCAAUAUGGUGCUUCUGAGUCUAUUUUUAUAAAAAAUUUACAAAGUUAUGAUGAUAAAGGGCCUAUCCUAGCUAUUGAUGGUUAUAAAUAUAAACCAUCUAUAACAGAGGAUAUGGAAAAAGCGGACAUUAUUAUUAGUCAUGCAGGUGCUGGUACAGUAUUACAGGCUUUAAGAUUAGAAAAUAAGAAACUAAUUAUCGUAAUAAAUGAGUCAUUAAUGGACAAUCAUCAACUUGAAUUAGCUAAAGCUUUAACAGUUAAAAAUUAUGCAAUUUGUAGUGAAAUAAGUGAACUCUCUAAUACAUUGAAAAAUAUUAAACAAAUCAACCUUGUACCUUUUCCAUCUCCAAAACCCGAAACAUUUGCUACAAUUGUUGAUGAACAAAUGGGAUUUAUUACAACACAAUAA